UUUCUCUAGAAAAAUUAUAAAAAUAUACUUUUAUAUCAGAUAAAACUAAUACAAGUAAUUUUCGAAAAGAAUGUUAAGAUAAUUGAAAAAUAUUAAAAUUUAACAAUAAAUAUGUAUUUAAAACAAGUGUACAAGUUUUUACACAAAAAAACAUUGAAAUUUUGAAAAAAAGAAAAGGAAAUUAACAAAUAAAAGAGGUCGUUUUGUGGCUGUUUGGAAAAAAAUAAUAAAAAAAAAACAAAUACAUAAGAGUUUGUGUGAGUGUGAGUUGAUUAAAUGAAAAAGCAUUGAAACGUAAGAGGAAAGACGAAGAAGAUUGAAGUAAAGCAAACGCAAAAAGAGCAUAUUAGCUCUUUCCCACUUAUCUCACACAUAGUAGAAUGUGUGAGUGUGAUAGCUGUCAUUUCCUAAAUGCAGCCACAAUUAAAGCAACAAAAACAACUGCAACAAUAAUAAGAAGAAGCAGAAUAUCAACGAAAAGGGAAGAGUGCAAAUGUCAAGCAAAUUUUUACAAACAAAAUAACACUACAACAAACACAAACAGUUAUAAUAAUAAUAACAAAAACAACACCACCAGCAGAAGAAGAAAUAUUAGAAAAACCAAUUUGUGCACAAAAUAUAAACAAAAUGCAUACAGAAACAACAAAUACAAUGAUGAUGAACAAUAUGCCACAAAAUCAUCAUCACCAACAUUAUAUGGCCCAUAUAGCCCAAGAUCAUCUCAUGCCCGAACCACAACAACAACAACAUCAUCUGCAACACAAACAACAUGUCUUUACACACUUGCCCUCCACAACAAAUACAUCCCCAGCAACAACAUCCUUGAACGAAGGACUUUAUGCAGCAACACCCCAACAGCACUUGACGUCAGAAUGUCCCUCACAAUACUAUAGUAGUGGUGGUGGCACAUCAAGGCUUAAUAAUGGCCCUGCAACAUCGUCCUGUUCAUCAUCCUCCUCCUCCGGUUCAAGUACUUCCUCCAAUGACAGUAGUUAUUCCUGCCCCAAUUCCUCAACAAACCAUAACUGUAAGAAAAACAGUAAUUCUGCCAACAUAGGCGUAAACUUACGAGUAACGGGCCAAUGCAGCCAGGGUGGUCGUAAAUAUAUGGAGGAUUACUUUUCAGUAGCCUAUCAACAGUCAGAGAAUACCAAAAAUUUGGAAUAUGCUUUUAUAGGGAUUUAUGAUGGGCAUGGUGGUGCCGAAGCUGCCAAAUUUGCUAAAGAACGUCUAAUGAUGGAAAUUAUCAAUCAACGGCUAUUCUGGUCCGAUAAUGAUCAUGAUGUGUUGAGAGCCAUACGUGAAGGAUACAUAGCGACACACUAUGCUAUGUGGAGGGAACAAGACAAAUGGCCCAAAACAGCCAAUGGUUUGCCCAGCACAGCGGGCACCACAGCCACAAUAGCGUUUAUAAGAAAGGAAAAGAUCUAUAUCGGUCAUGUAGGCGAUUCCGGCAUAGUAUUGGGCUAUCAAAAUGAAAAUGAAAACUUUUGGAGAGCCAAACAAUUGACGACCGACCACAAACCCGAAUCCGUGGAGGAAAGAACACGCAUAAUGAAUUCGGGCGGUAAAGUGGUGGUGAAAUCUGGUGUACCCAGAGUAGUAUGGAAUCGUCCUAGAAAUGCCAGCCAUCGUGGUCCCAUACGCAAAAAGACCUUAACAGAUGAAAUUCCCUUUUUGGCUGUGGCCCGCAGUUUGGGUGAUCUUUGGAGUUAUAAUUCAGAGCGCAAUGAAUUUGUAGUUAGCCCCGAUCCUGAUGUCAAAGUUAUACCCAUAAAUCCCAAUACAUUCCGUUGUUUAAUUUUCGGCACAGAUGGCCUGUGGAAUGUGGUAAGCGCCCAAGAAGCUGUCAAUUUGGUUAGAGAUAAGGAGGUGAUUAAUGAACGUUUAUUGGCCCAAAGAGGCGCAAGUCCCCACGAGGGCAAUCAAUGGACAAAUCCCAGCAAAUCAUUGGUGGAUCAAGCUUUACGCACCUGGUCAAAUAAAAAAAUGAGAGCCGAUAAUACGUCGGUGGUGACGGUGAUAUUAUAUCCGCCCAGCCAAGGUGAUCAUACCUCUGAGGGGGGUUGUAAUGGCACAUUAACCAAUCCUCCCGCCUUUGUUCAACCCAUCAGCUAUGGCCUGGAAUAUACCCAAGUGCAGGCAGAGAAUCCCGCUUAUGAUGAUGCUACCACCUACAAAGAAAUGGCUUUAAAAUAUUUACCUCCCGAAGCUUAUCGCAAUUUCAAUUAUUAUGCCGAUGAAUCGGAUACAGAUUGUGAAGAUAACGAAGAAAGUGAGGAAGAGGAUCAAGAGAUCACAUUGACUUCAAAGCCUGUUCCAGGAGAUUUACUAACCAACACAAAUUAUUAUAAGCAUUUAGUUAACACAAAUAAUUGGAAUUGGCAGGCUAAUUGUGCAAAUAUACCAACACACACUGUACAGCCUAUGCAGGGUCAGGCAGAGGAGGAAGCCGAGGACGACGACGACGAUGAUGACGAAGAAGAGGAUGAUGAUGAAGAAGAAGACGAAGAAGAUAUGGAGGAAGAGUCAAUUGUGGAAGAUCAUGUAGUUGUGGCCCAUGAACGACAAGUUUGCAUUGUCAACUAUCAAAAUUAUGUACAUUUGGAGGCCGAAGAGACUAACAAUGCUACUGAUUCUUAUAUAAACACCUUUGCCGAGUCCUAUAACUCCAUAUUAACAGCCUCACAAGAUGAUUGUUUGGCGGCCGCCACCACCUCUUCCUCUUCAUCAUCAUCUUCCAGCAAUAGCAACUCCAAUUCGAAUUCCAAUUGCCAAAGUGUUACCCCACCCAAUAUGCAUGCUAUACUACAGGAACAACAGUUGUAUCAACAACAAUGCAUGUCCGAGGAAGAAGGCUAUUCACUAACGAAAUUAGAAACCCGACGUGAACAGCAGACCUGCAAAAGCCUUGAUAUUACAGCUCACCACCUAACAACGGAAACAACGGCAGCGCUGCAAACCUUUAAAAUCUUAAAUGAACCACAACAAUCCCCACAAAUUGAGUUGUAUCAGGCGGCGAACAGCGAACGUUAUUAUCAGCACCCACAGCAGCAGCCAUUUAUGCCUCCUCCCAUCCAGCCUAAACCUUUGGAAUUGCAUUCACUAUUGCAACAAGAGCGCGAAGAGGAGCAGCAGGUGGCCUAUGAACGUUUGCAAAUGGAAAGUAAAUUGCAGCAAGAACAACAACAUCAAAAUAUCACGGCUUAUGCCUGCUUGCAGCCAGUAGCAAAUCCCUUGCCAGCAACUGUUAAUGAGGAAGUUGUGGAGUAUUUGGAAGAAGAGAACGCCUUAAUGGAAGAGGAGAUAAUGGCAGCAGACUCUAUUGUACAAAUCAAUGAAAUAUCCUCAUCAUCGUGUGGCAAAGAUGCUAGUGAGGUUGAAAUCCUAAAAAAUAUUGAAAUAAUACCAAAUGUUUUAAUAGCUACAAACACCGAUGAGCAGCCCCAACAGGAAUUAGCAGAAAGUGAAGUAUUAAUAAACCCUAAACUUACCCCCUUAAAGAUCUCCAAAAACAGUAUUUGCCUACCGCCACCUCAAACACCAAUAGCGCCAGCAGCGCCUUCCGCACUUGCCUUAACGCCCCUCAAGACAAAUCUAAACCUUAGCAAACGCGCCAAGUCCUCGUAUUUAUAUGCCAAUGUACCUAAUGAAAACAAUCUACAAAGAAUCUCAAACUCCAAAAACCACAACAGCAGCAGCAGCAUGUAUUCCAAUGCAAACCAAGCGUCUGAAAAUCGCCGCAGAAGUAUGUGUAUGACACCCUCGGGCAGCAUGACACCGCCAGCCGCCACCUCAACACCCAUGAUCCAAAGACAAUUGCGCAGUACCACCACACCUUGCACGAGUACGAACACGCCAUUAAUGGAUUAUGGCAAGCGUACUUUGAGAACGCGCAACUCCCUGACAAAAGAUAUGAAAGCUAAAAGUUCUUUAGUACCCACAGCUCUUAAAUAUCCUCAUAAUGCAGUAACACGCAAUUUCUUAAGAACAACAGCCGCCAAUUUGAUGCUACUCAAUGACCAACAUUUAACAACCUGCAGUCGUAGAUCACUUAGCUCCAGCAACAGUGUGCGCACACCAAAUCGUACAAGUAUUAAAACGCGGCGCGACAAAACGGGCCACUCUAUAAAUGUCUCGCUGAAUCAAGGAAAGAGCAAUUUGCAAAACUCUGCUCAUCCUCAGCUGAAUUUGAGAUCCAGACCAGUGACCUCGUCGCAAUCAUCUAGCUCCUCCUCUCCGCCCUCUACUAAUGUCAGCUCUAUGAGAAGUCCUCCUGCUGCUGCCUCGACACCUGUGAUAAAACGUGCCUCUCUAACGGAACGCCGUAUUUUGCGUAGUAUGCAUACACGCAGCACUUCCAGCAAAGGUUCUCAAACCCCGGCGAACUUUAGCAAAACCACACGAACCCAAAGUACGGGCAGUAAUUUGGCAGCACCGCCUCCCUCGCCCAAACUGAUAAAUGCUGCAGCCGCUGUUGCCGCAGCUACCCGAGCGCGUUCUCUGCUAAAUGCCAAACAUGCGGCGGCAGCCAAUGGUUCGCAGUCAGUGGUGUCGGCCGUUUUUGGCAAGAGAACUAGUUUGAGAAGUAAUGGUAACUCACACCCGGCUGCACUAAACACCACAAACCCGGCAGCGGCCAUCUCAUCCUCCUCAUCAUUGUCAGCCUCCACACAUCAAACAUUAAGGGGUCGUGUAGUGAAGAAACUGAAACGGUAAAACGUAUUUGAGAUAUAACACAAUUUCAAGAAAUUGGGUAUUUAAGAAAAUAUGCAAAACAAAAGGUAUUUAAAGUAUUAAUGGGUUUAAUAUUUUCAAAACAAAAGCUUUACAGCUUAUAUUUUGUUAUUUUUUCUAAAAAUUUUUAAGAGUAAAUUCCAAUGCAACACAGAAAAAUGGAAACUUCAAGUGAUUUACUAAAAAAAAACACUAAAUUUUUAAUAAGAAUUGAAUGAAUUUAAAAUGUUUACAAGUUCUGGUAGGAAAAGCUUAAGUUUUGUUAUUUUUCUUAUAAUUUGGAAGAGAAAAUUCCAAUGUAACACAGAAAAAAGGAAAUUUCAAGUGAUUUACUAAAAAAACAUACAAAAUUUU